UCCUCGGUGUACAUAGGGACAGUUCUGGAGAAUCGAUGAUUAAACAGCGCUCGGUGUUCCCCAGAGGAUGAAGGGGAUCGGGUCAGUGACAGAGACAGUUCCGGUGCUCACUGGAGGUAGUGAGGCCGCUACCGAGCAGUGCCUGGUAUCGCGGGCUGUGAACCCCCGGGCGCUGCCUUCCCCUUCCCCCAGCCCCCUCCUAACGGGGGCGGGGAGACAGUCACUGCCGCACUGCGCUAAGGAGCAGCAGCGGGCCGAGGGAGGCACCGUGAAGAUGUCGGAGCUACUGCUGCUGGCUUCACCCCGGCGGGCAGAGUCCCAAUCUUCUAAGGCAGAUGACAGACAAAGACUGGCCAAAGAAAGGAGAGAAGAAAGAGAGAGAACUCUGGCCGUGAGAGAGCAGCAGAUCCUGCAGAAGGAGAAACGAGCCCAACUGCUUUACGAGAGGCAGAUUGAGGAGCGGUGGAAGAAGCUGGAGGAGCAGAGACAGCGGGAGGAGCAGAGAAGAGCCGCCGUUGAGGAAAAACGAAGGCAGAAGCUGGAAGAAGAGAAGCAGCGUCACGAGGCCAUGAUGCGUCGCACUUUAGAGCGUAGUCAACAGCUAGACCAGCGACAAAAGCGAUGGUCCUGGGGAGGAGCAGGAGCACCUACAGGAGCUGGGACUAAGGAUGGUGCAUCAGAAAAUACCCCACCCUGCCCUCUAGGUUUAGCGUUCAACAGCCCUCCAGCUCCUGAGGCCUCUGAUGCUGCUGAUUCCAUUGCUGCACCAGACAAAUUCUCAGUCCCUGCUGCCAAUCUGCCCAGACACAUGGAGUCAAUGAGUGGCAAACUCCUGACGCCCUCAACAGCAGCCAACCCACAGCCCCCUGAGAAAGUGUUGACUAGUCCUCAGAAGACCAAUUCCAAGUCUGCACUCACUCCUUCAGGAGACAGGCCGGAUGGCACAGCAGUGUCGCCGGGAGAGGCAAAGUCGAGACUGACGUCAGAACCGCAACAGACAGAGAAAACGAAAAAGGCAAAAAGGCAGCCAUCCCCCGGGCCUGUGUCAAGUAUGACGUCCAUGCUCAGAAGAUCUCAGUCUCCUGCAAACAUGUCCAAAAGGUCCUCAUCACCUGCUGUGAAGGCCAACUCAAAGAUACGAACACGCUCUCCCAGCUCCAGCAAAGAGUUUCCACCAUCUCCAACUUCUAGCAGCAAAUCUUCACCCAUGAGAAGACGACCAUCUUCUCAUAACAUUGCAGAAAGUAAAAAAAAGUCCAAAGACAAGGGCGAUCUGGCCCGGCAAAAAUCAGAGGAGAAUACAGGGAGUGAUGCUAAAUCACCAGAGUUGGCGGAGAGUGACACUCCAGCGACCACACCAAUCAAGGAGCAUGAUCGGAAGAAAGCAGCUCUAGGUGAAGACGCGUCCUCGACAAAGACCACGGCGGGGACGACGAACCCGGAGGAAGCAGCAAGGCUGCUGGCAGAAAGGCGGAGGCAUGCCCGGCUGCAGAAGGAGCUGGAGGAGAAGGAAAGGCUGGAGCAAGAGGAAGCAGAGAGGAAACAUCAGGAGGAGCUGCAGAGAAGAGAAGCUGAAGAGACAGCUCGCCGUGAGGAAGAGGCACGCAAACUCGAAGAACAGCGAAGACAGCAGGAGCUGGAGCGCCAGAGAAAGGCGGAAGAGGAAAGAAUCCUCCGGGAACAACAGGAGAGAGAACUUCUGGCCAGACUGGAGCAGCAGCGAGAAGAAGCUGAAAUCAAGGCUCGGGAGGCAGCGGAGCGACAGCGAUUAGAACGGGAACAGAUCAUCCACCAGAUUGAGCAGGAGCGAAUGGAGCGAAAGAAGAGAAUCGAAGAGAUCAUGAAAAGAACCAGGCGAAGUGACACUGGAGACACCAAGAAAGAUGAAAUCAAAGCAGAAAUCAAUCCUGCCAGGAAUGAGGAGAAACAGCUUCAAACUUCAGUUUCUGUGGAACAAGCAGGGGCUGGUUUGGAUGAAAAGAAGCAGGAGGAGGCACCUCAUGCUCAGGCUGAGGCCAAGAUUGUGCCAGGGCUGGAAGCGGUCAGUGGAAAUGAGCAAACGGACAAUGGGGACGAGCAACCAAACAGUGCGGAUGAGUCAACAGAUGAGCCACAGUCUAUGGAUGUGAGCCCUAUGUCCAAAGAUGAUGGUAUCUCCAUUCCUGAGUUCUCGCCCCUCAAUGAGGUGAGCCACGUUGCUGAGCUGGAGAAGGAGCAGAAUGAACCAGGUGAUGCACAGGCUGUCGAAGACCUCAUUGACCUGACCGUCCAUUCAACCUACACCCAGUUAUCCUGUGACAAGAUCAGCUUGGAUGACUGCAACAAAAACUUGAUCGAAGGGCGAUGCCUUUCAAUGGAGAAUCCUCUUAUCACAUCCCUAACUACAUCUGUGGAGGAAACCCAUAUGCAACCAUCUGCAGAGUACUGAACACAUAGGUGCAGGGGCGCAAAAGACUUGGCUUCAAUCAGUCCAGCACUGCUAUGAUUCCGAAGACAGCGCUACUUUAAGAAGAUUCAUGUAGCCUUCAUAGAUAUGGUGGUAUAACCAACAGUGAUCCUUCAGGCAGCAGUUCAAAUAAUCCAUUUUAAAUGCAAAUCUGUCUUUUUUUACACAUGUAAAUCUGCAUAUGUUCUCUCUGGUUCGAGUGGUCAGUAAGAGCAACAAACUGAAGUAUCAUUCAUCCUGCAAUUAA